GUCGGCAGGAGCACUCAGUUCGCCAGUUGAGCUCUUGCAGCGGGUACUAGUCUGCUUGUCUAACACAUCUUUGGAACAUUGAGACCCAACCUGUUUUUUCUGUUGCUUGAUGUAUGAUCGUUCAGUGGCUGUGUACCUUGCUCGUGCUUUCUGACUUCAGGAGUGUUUUUUCCCCUCGCUUAGUGGAAUAUCUCUUGUGUUUUAUGGGGGCUGCAUUUGAAUCACAGUGCCUGAAGACGAGCAAACCUUGAACAGCAAUCAAACAUCAAGCAAGUCCGUGAAUGACUGGAACAACCUUCAAGAGGAAAAUCAAGAUUAUAAGUGGGCAAAAAUAUAAAAUUUCCAAUCUCCAUAUGCUGCUACAAACAAUGGAUUUCAAAAAUUGUUUGCUAUUCUGCGUUACCAUACCAGCACUGCUAAUGCCAAGAGUUCUAUCUACUUGUCCUUCUAUGUGUCGAUGUGACAAUGGAUUUGUUUACUGUAAUGACCGUGGCUUGACAUCAAUUCCUGCCAAACUACCAGAAGACUCCACAACUCUUUUCCUACAAAAUAACCAGAUUAACAAUGCUGGAAUUCCAAACCAACUGAAGAUUCUAUUGAGCAUAAAAGUGAUUUACAUUUAUGAAAAUGCAUUGGAUGAGUUUCCAAUAAACCUCCCCAGAUCACUGAAAGAGCUGCAUCUUCAGGACAACAACAUUCGAGCCAUUACUCAUGAUGCACUCGCAAGAAUUCCUUUGUUGGAAAAGUUACAUUUGGAUGAUAAUUCAGUGUCCACAGUUAGCAUUGAGGAAGACGCUUUUGCUGACAGUAAGCACCUUAAAUUGCUUUUUUUGUCAAGGAACCAUCUCAGCAGCAUCCCUACUGGUCUUCCUAAAACACUGGAAGAAUUGAGAUUGGAUGACAACCGGAUUGCAACCAUUCCACAGUAUGCAUUCAAAGGUUUGAUCAAUUUGAGGCGCUUGGUAUUGGAUGGUAAUCUUUUAGCUAAUCAAAGAAUUGCAGAUGAGACUUUCAGUAGACUUCAAAAUUUGACUGAACUUUCAUUGAUCAGAAACUCUCUGAGUUUUCCACCAUCAAAACUACCUGGUUCAAAUUUACAGAAGCUCUAUCUUCAAGAUAACCUCAUUAGCUACAUUCCACCCAAUGCUUUUUCUAAAAUGAGACAGAUACAGAGACUGGAUAUCUCAAAUAACAAUUUAACAAAUUUGCCCAAAGGAGUCUUUGAUGACUUGGUGAACUUGAGUCAGCUACUCUUACGCAACAAUCCUUGGUACUGUGGCUGCAAGAUGAUGUGGCUAAAAGACUGGUUACAAACAACUGCAUUUCAUGUCAAUGUGAGAGGGUUGAUGUGCCAAGGCCCAGAUAAAGUUCGAGGAAUGGCAGUCAAAGACAUCAAAACAGAAAUGAAUGAGUGUUUUGAGAUUGGAUUGCAUGGUGGCAAUACAGCUCUGAAGACAACCCCAAUUGUAUAUACAAUAACUGCCACUCAAGGAUUACAAUUCACAUAUAAACCAAGGCGACCAUAUCUUAAGUCACCAGAUUUAGACGUGGACCAUCCUUUGUCAGGAGGGUCAGGAACAAAACCAAUAAUCAUUAACGUUAUGCCUUUAACUGCUGAUAGUAUUCGUAUAACAUGGAGGGCAAUGUUGCCAGUCACAUCCUUUAGGCUUAGUUGGCUUAGACUUGAUCAUAACCCAUCAGUUGGGUCCAUCACUGAAACCUUGGUACAAGGAGAUCAAACUGAAUAUCUUCUCACAGCUCUUGAACCCAAGUCAACCUACAUCAUCUGCAUGGUAACAAUGGAAGCCAGCAAUUUUUAUGUAAGAGAUGAAACUCCAGUCUGUGCUAAAGCAGAGACCGCUGAUCUAUAUAGUUCUACUACAACACUAAACAGGGAGCAAGAAGAAUCGGACCAUGUAGCCUUUCCACUCGCUGGGAUUAUUGGAGGUGCCUCAGCCUUAGUUUUUAUUAUUGUUGUCCUUGCUGCAUUCUGCUGCUACAUCAACAACAAUAGGAAUGUUUUCUCACAGGAUCAACCAUACAAUAGAGGUUGUAGGAAAAAGGAUGACUAUGCAGAAGCAGGGACAAAGAAAGAUAAUUCAAUUUUAGAAAUCAGAGGGAGUGGGUUUCAGAUGAUUCCUCUCAAUAACCAACAGCGACCAAAGGAGGAAUAUGUCAUUCACACCAUAUUUCCAUCCAAUGGGACAAGUCUUUACAAGAACAGUCAUAGUACAGCACUUGGCAGUAACAGAGGUUACAGAGACGGUGGUAUACCAGAUGCCGAAUACUCUUACACGUGAUUGCAGUGAUGCUUCCCUGCAUUAUUAUCUCCAAUGCACUGCUAAACAAAAGAUAUUUAAAAAUAAAAUCAUAAAAACCAUUAGGGACAAAACACAAAGUCCAGCAGAAUAUGCCUGGCACGAUAUUUUGUACAUUUGUCAUAUAAUUUAUAUUUAAUAUGCUUAAAAGAUUAAAAAAGCUGGAUAUUUAGAAAGAAAACACAGCUUCCUAAUUGUAUUCAAGCCAGACUUUCGUUCGCAUUUUGACUAGAAGUGGGAUUAAGAAUGAAGAUCCUACUCUGGAAUCAUCAGGCAGUCUAAAGACUACCAAGCUUUUUGAUUGUCAAACAGGUAAACAACGUAGAUAUUUUUUAAAUCAAUCAGUCUUUCCCCACCACUUUGAAGAUUUACUCAAUAUGGUCCAACAAGAGGCUAUUAACAUGCACACAUAUAUUUACAAUAUACAUCCGUUUCUUUGUGCAGGAUUUAAAUAUUCCCCACACUUCCAGUAGUUCCAUCUGUUGAUGCUAUGUUUUCCUUAUUUCUGUAAUGGUAUUUUAAAAGAGGAAACUAGUUUUAAAAUAUUUAGUUCUUUAUGACGUUUUAAGAGCUUUUUGUAAUUGGGAAAAGAAACAUAAUUUGAAGAUAAUUCUACUGAAACAUUCUUUUAAAAUUCAAGUUAGAAAUUUGUGUAUUGUAAAAAUAAAGAUCUAGAUUGUGAAUUACAUGUCCUUAGAUGUCACACCAAAUAGAUGUAAUAUAGGUAUCUGACCUGCGAUGCUGUUUAUUUUUCUCCUCAACUUAAAUUUCUGUGGACUACUGUGGGGAAAAUGGCAAAAAUUGCAACUAAAAUGAAUUGUUUUCCCAAAAGCAAAUUUUGCAAUUAAUUUGAAUAACUAUGAGUCUGUUUUGUUCUGUAGUACAUUUAUUCCUACAACACAAAGUGUAGAAAAUUGACAUGUCAUGGUGUAUUUGGACACGGCUUAGCCAAAACUCUCUGCCAUAAAUAUGAUCUCCUGCUUCCUAUGUGAUAAAUGCUCCUUGGUUUUGAAGAAAGUAAUACUAUUUCAAAAAUGACCAGUAAAACUAAAUAUUGGAAGGGUUAAUAGUAUUUUCUCCUUAUAAUAAAUUAAAUUGAAUGUUGCGAAAAGAACAAAUUCAAACUGAAGCAAACCUAGGAUGGUGUUAAAUAUUUUAUUAGAUGAUAAAAGGCUACAUUUUUCAUGGAAAAUAUGUCCCAAGUUACCACAAACGUACAAGUGUAUUACCUACAGCUAACCUAAGAAUCUGAGUCUCAAAUUCUUCACUGUAAUGUCAGCUUUUUGGCUUCUGUAUGGUGAUCGUCUAGAAAUCUGUUUUUAUAUACAGAGAAUUCCUUCAGGGAAUCUUUACUGAAAGGAAAGAUUUUAACUGUUCACAAAAGUCUUCAUUUGAUCACUGUAAAUUAAUGGUAAGGUUUCCUGAACAUUUGAACUGAUAGUCUCAAAUCUAUACAAGUGCCAGAUGCAUUCAUAAACUGGAUUGACAAUUAACAUAAAUAAUAUGAAGAUCACAAAAGUUUGCCUGUAAAUAUAUUUUUCAAUUUAUCAUGAUCAAGUUACAACUGAUCUUUUAAAUAAAUCCUCUUCUUAAUAUGUAAAAUGUUCUAAUAUUUGUGUGACCCUAAAUAUAGUAAAUUAGUAAUUUCUAUUUCCAGACUAAUGAUGGUGUAAUUGUAGUUAUAUCAUCUAACCUUUCAUUUCUCUGCUCUAAUUUGUUUUUAAAUAACCAUAAAGUAUUGAUUUAUUUUCAAUCAGACAAUUUGAAUGAGAAUAUUAACUACAGUUUUUUUUUCACUUCCAUCCUACCUCCACAACCCCAGUAGUUUUAAAUUACUUUCUGAAUUGUAAUUAGAAAGGUUAACAAAAAGUAAUAGAAUGUUGUCAAGACUGGCAGGGUAUGAUUUGCAUUCUGGAUAGACUCGAUAUUCUGCACUUUGACUUGGAUAAUGACAUGUACAUAAUAAUUUCACAUAUCUAGAUAUCUGUCUGUCACUCAAUUGAGCUCAGAUCAAAAGCAGAACCACCCAACUAACUUGCCUACUAUACGAAUGUAAGCAUUUAUGCUAAAACUGUAAUAAACACUCAAGCUAAAAUGUUUGUUAAAAAUGCUUCACUUUAACAAACCAUUUAAUAAAACGUUAUGUAAAAUGUUUAUCUCAACCACCCAGAAUAUAAUUAAAAUGCAGUGCAUAGUGCAGGGAGUAGAGUGCAUAAAAUAAAAUAUUGAUUCUAAUUCGCAGCACCAUUCAAGAGCGAUGUAAAUUUACAGGUUUAAACUGAGAGCACACCUCAUUGUUGUGCGAUACAUUUUCAAAAUGAGAAAAACGAGCUACCAGCAAUCUUUGCAGCAUCACUCUCCUACACAGGAAAACUGCCAAUAUUUCCACCAGAUUGAUUUACAAAUUAUCCUAAGCAGUCAGGCAUGAAUAAUGACUUGCUCCGAUGUUACUUGCAGAUCUGAACAUCCAGCAUUCUCGACUUUGUCAAUGCAGCUAUACUGACCAUAAAGACAAUAUAUACUGGCUGAUAAACAAAAAAAAUAGUUUUAGAGCAUGUACUGCAAGUAAAAUCCAUUAUGUCACCCAUCCUUUUGAUUCAUGCUUUUGCUUCAUUAUUUUGCAAAUCUUAUGCUAUGAACAGUAAGUGUUCCACCAUUAAUUAAACUGAAAAUGAAUUUGAUCCUUAUAUGUCCCAGGGAAUUACAAGCUGGCCAUCUUAGUGAACAACAAGGAAUGAAGCUCUUCUGUGAUAUGACUGAUUUUACCCAAAAAUGGUGCUUCUCACAUUUGGCAAACAAAGUACAGGAGAAGGUAGCAAAGAGCACCCCUUGGCAUAUGCCAUUUUAUUAAGCAGUUAUCGCCCAUUUAGAAAGCAAAGGAAAAUUAGACUUU